AGCCGUUACCGCCCUGCCAGCCUGCAGUAUCCGCGGCUCCAACCGAUGAUGGAGACGAGCAGCAGCGGCCUCGCAGUGAAGCCCAUCCGGAGGCGGAAAUAAGGCGCAUUCAAUCAAAGACAAAUAACGGACCGAAAAGGGAACAACUUUCGGAUGGGGAUAAAAGGACACCGACCCUAACUCGGUAAUGUCUCUCCGCGGCCGCGCGCCAGGGAGCGGCGGGCUGUGUCGCUCCGCUCCGGGGCUUCCCUAGUUUGGCACCACUCCUAUGCGCGGGACAUUUAGGGUAAACAUUUCCCCCCUAACAUCAUGAUGGAUCUAAAGACGGAUGAUAUAGUUUGCAUUUGAGAGGGUGGAGCUGCGGUUUAAUAAAUGAUGAGGCGUUCCGCGCGCCUCUCUCAGCCCUAAUUGAGGCUGAUUUAGAUGUUUAUGUCGGACGGAAACUCCAGCAGCCCGCCUCACCUCCCUGAUGCUGGAAUUGAACAAUGGCACAUGUGCUCCUGUAUCGGCUGGAGAUGCUGAUGGCUGUUUUCUGGUGCGGGAGGAGCCCUAACGUGGACCACAGCGACAGUUGGCUGCGGGUGGGCUGAUCCGGUUCUGCUGCGUUUCUGUGCGGUCGGAUCCUCCAGAGCUGCGGGGCCUUUAAGUUUCCCUGAAAUAUGCCGAGCGAUGGAAGCUGUCACGGUGAUGGAGGCGAGAUGUUGUGAGCAUAUCACGGGGAACCCUUUCUGGAAAUAAGGCGUAACAUAAGGAGAGCCAUCAUGUCCAAAGUGGUCAGCAGCAAGGAGAAGAAAUCCUUCAGCAAGAAGCUGUUCCGGAGGAGCUCGGUCCGCUCCGUGGGGAGCUUCAUGAACAGAGUCCUCCGGACCCUGUCCACCCUCUCCCACUUCGGCACCGAAGAACAGGCCGCCGACGACGAGAAGGAUGAGGCGUCUCUGUUACCGAGCAUCGCCGGAGGCUCCGUCCCGUCCGACGACAGCGACUGCGGGGGGUUCCCUUUCGGGGACAAGGUGCCGGGGGUCGCCGGACUCAAGAACCACGGAAACACCUGCUUCAUGAACGCCAUCCUGCAGUGCCUGAGCAACACGGAGCUGUUCGCAGAGUACCUGGCUCUGGAGCAGUUCAAGGGGGGUGAGGCGAGCAGCGGGAACAGCGACAAGGCGAAGCCUAACGGGGGUCCGGUGCUGAGGAAGGGGGUCAGCCAGCAGCAGCAGCAGCAGGACACCGGAGAGGUGACGGAGCAGCUGUCCGGCCUGGUCCGGGCUCUCUGGACCUUUGAGUACACUCCUCAGCACAGCAGAGACUUCAAGAAUGUGGUGUCCAAGAGCGCCCUUCAGUUCAAAGGAAACUCCCAACAUGAUGCCCAGGAGUUCCUCCUCUGGCUGCUAGACAGAGUUCACGAAGACCUCAACCAGAUCGUCCACCCUGACAGCAGACCUCCCAGGAAGCCCCCAGUGGAGGAAGAACCGGCCCCUGAAGGAUCUCCGCUGCCAGCACCUGGCUCUUUUGUACAGGAGCUGUUUCAGGCGCAAUACAGGUCCUCCCUGACUUGUCCUCACUGCCAGAAACAGAGUAACACGUUUGAUCCUUUCCUCUGCAUCUCACUGCCAAUCCCAGUACCUCACACACGACCUCUGUAUGUGACGGUGGUGUACCAAGGGAAGUGUUCGCACUGCAUGAGAGUCGGAGUGGCUGUGCCUCUCUCUGGUACCAUGUCCAGAUUGAGGCAAGCGGUGGCACAGGAGACCAAAAUCCCCGCCCAACAGAUUGUCCUCACUGAGAUGUACUUCGAUGGCUUUCAUCGCUCCUUCUGUGACGACGACGAGGACCUUGAUAUCAUUCAGGAGAGCGACUCCAUCUUUGCAUUCGAGACGCCUGAGCUAUUCAGACCGGAGCAGAUCCGGUCCAAACGAGUCGGGAGCCCGCAUGCAAACCUCAAUCAAAACAACCUGAAGUACGGUACAGAUAACAGCAGGAUCAACGCGCAAAUACAAGAGGCCACAACACCGCCUCUGAGUCCCAAUAAGAACAGUGGGCAGGCUGAGAAGAUUGUGCUGUUAGUCUGCAACAGAGCCUGCGCUGGACAGCAGGGACGCAGGUUCGGGAAUCCCUUUAUUCUCUAUUUGGAGCGUACAGUAACAUGGGACACUCUGCAAACUGAGAUACUGGAGAAGAUGAGGCAUCUUUUGCGUCCUGGUGCUAUUGUGCAGGUGGGGCCCUUCACUUUGCGUGUGGUGGGAGUGGUGGGAAUCACAUACCUACUGCCUCAAGAGGAGCAACCGCUCUGCCAUCCCUCUGUGGAACGGGCUUUUAAAUCCUGCGGACAGGGUGGCCCACCUCAUGUCAAAAUUGUUGUUGAAUGGGACAAGGAGACAAAAGACUGUCUGUUCAAGAGAACCGAGGAUGAGUACAUCCCCGAUGCAGAGAGCGUACGUCAGGUUAAGGAGCAGCAUCUGCAGCCUCAGACCUGCACGCUGGCCCAGUGCUUACAGCUAUACACCAAAGAGGAGCAGCUGGCUCCCGAUGAUGCAUGGAGAUGUCCCCACUGUAAGCAGCUUCAGCAGGGCAGCAUCAAACUGAGUCUUUGGACUCUGCCAGACAUCCUCAUUCUUCACCUCAAGCGCUUCCGACAGGAUGGAGAUCGCCGCGUUAAGAUGCAGAACAUGGUGAGGUUUCCACUCACAGGCAUGGACAUGGCCCCACACAUGGUGAAGAGAAGCCAGAGCAGCUGGAGUCUUCCCUCCCACUGGUCGCCGUGGAGGAGGCCUUAUGGGAUGGGCCGAGAUCCUGAGGACUACCUGUACGACCUGUACGCAGUUUGCAACCAUCAUGGGACCAUGCAGGGGGGGCAUUACACAGCUUACUGCAAGAACUCCAUUGAUGGACAGUGGUAUUGCUUCGAUGAUAGUGACGUUCAUCCAAUAUCUGAAGAUGAGGUCUGCAAGCAGACUGGUUACAUCCUGUUUUAUCAAAGACGAGCAACAAUCCCGUCCUGGUCUGCCAACAGCUCUGUCGGAGGUUCCACCAGUUCCUCUCUGUGUGAGCACUGGAUAAGUCGGCUGAUGGGAAGCCGUCCUCCCAGCCAGGCCUCGUCCGGUUCCUCAAGACGCACCUCUCUGGCUUCUCUCUCCGAGUCUGCUGAGUUUGCUGGUGAAAGGAGUGAAGAUGAUGGCCUUUCUACACGACCAGCAGUCAGAGGAAUGCAGAGGCAAACAUACUCCUCAAGAUCAUCCAUUGCCAGCCCUCUUGCUCUGAGUGAAAAUGGCACAAAACCUUCCUGGUCUCACUCAGCUAAGCUCCAGCUUCGUUCCAACUCUCCCUCACGCUUCUCCAUAGAGUCCCAUUCCUCCCCGACUCUGGAGAGGAUAGGAGAGGUAGUUGACAUUCAGCCAACAAUCCCGUGUUUUUCUGGUUCACCUAAGCCAGAUAAAAUGUCAGGAGGGAAGUCAGCCCUCGCUGCUUUGGACACUAAUGUGGGAACGAAGAGGCUAAUUGAACAGGGGCGCUUUAAGUCGGUGGUACAGACAGAACAGAGGAGCUCAAACCCAACAGGGGAAAACAACAAUGCUGAGGACAUUAGUCCUCGACAUGGAAUAGCCUUAAAGGAGAUGAAGCAAAGAAAUGGGAGCACAGAAAGUAUUGGUGGCAAAAGGACCUCAGGCAAGACUGGGUUGGAAGCAGAAAGAAGUCCCAGGAAACGCCCUCCCACAUCCUCAACAUCCUCCAGCUCCCUGUCCCCUGCGUCUCCAGCCAUCGACAAGUCACCGUCUCGAACACAGUCCAAGAGUGGAGCAUCCGCAUCAAACCCCAAAGACAAAAGCACUGGACCACCUAAAACAAGCAAGGGAGUUUCUUCAAGAACGGCAACCCCGUCCAGAAAAACAUCGUCCCAGAACACCGAGGCAUUGCAUCCUGACACGCAGCAGCGGAAGAGCGGUUCUAUGGGGUUACAGAGCUCGCACACUCAGAAGAAGACAUCGAAAAAAGAAGGCAGUGAGAAACACUCCACUGGAGAAAGGACUAGAGUAGCAGAUAGGAGCACUAGUCGAGAAUCCUCGAGGGCGAGCGGUGUGGCAGAUAGGAAAGUCAGCCAGGGGGCUCCUUCCUGCAGGCUGAGUGCUGCGAAUAGAGCUGAAGGACGAUCCGGCAGAGCUCCGGAGGACAGGACAGCAGGCCGCAGCUCAAGCAGUAGCUCUUCUAUCACUAGUCUCCGAUCCUCAAGUGUGGGGGUUUCCUCUACUAGUUCAGCUCCAUCUUCAAGGGGACCUCGAGGGACCAGCAAGACAGAAGACAAAGCUCUGUCCUUCUUCAAAACCGCUUUGAGGCCUAAGGAGAACCGUAAACCUGGCGAGAGCGGUAAAUCAGGGACAGGAGAGGCGAAAGCUAUUCCAGAGGAAAGCAACGGGGAUGUAAUCAAGCGCGCAGCGAGCAAAAAAGUUCAAAAUGCGGGUUCAGAACUGCAUUGUACAGCCAAAGAUAAGGAAUCCUCUAAAGUAUCAGGUGCAGCUAAAAAUUCGCUGCUGCCCACCACUAAAUCCAAGCCCCCUGAAGCACAAAAGCAGUCUUCGGCCGUCACAAAGGAUCCUUCGAAGAAAGAGCCGGCUAAAAAGACACUGCAGUCCAGGAAGAUCCCUAUCGGUUCUUCACAAACUAGCCAGAGAUCCAAGUGAUUUUACCCGAAGGGUCUAAUGAGAGUCUUUCUUGUGCAGCUCUGAGGUGUUUUCCUUUUUUUGCCAUCUGACAGACAUUUUUAAAACACCCAUCAAUUUCCAGUGCUCUCUGAACACCAGCUGCCAUAGAGGACACUUACCUAAACAUUAAUUACGGAAUGGAUUUUAAACAAAGCACUUUGUAUUGGUUUGCAUUGAGUUGAAAGAAUAUUAUACUGUAUUGUAAAUAUUUACGCAUGGACACAAAGUAUUGCCUUGCUCUGUCUGUAGCACUGUUGGGAGAGGAGCGGCUCAGUCGGUGCUGAAAGUAAAAAAAAGUGACUUUGCACAAGAUGGAAAGCAGAUCCCAUGGCUGAGAUAGAUCAAAUAUGGACAGCUCAGCCACCUAAGGAUGUUUAUGGAGAUUUUCAACAUGCUGAUGCAGUGAAUAAUUUUCUGAAAUCACUUUGUACUGCUCUCCUUCAAAAUUGAGAGCCAUACGUCAACAACAAAAAAUCAGUGCCUCAGAUAAUCAUUAGAAAUAUUUAACCGAAAUUGUUUAACUUGCAGGUCUUGACAAAUUUGUAAUUGAAAUACAAUAUUUACUAAGCAUUGAACCUGUAACUUUAGGUAAAACACAAUUAAGCCUAUUUAACCUGAAACUGUUUACAUAUGCUGCGUUGUGUAGAAACUCUGCAGCAUCCUUUAAAAUAUGUUUUUUUUUUCUUGUUCAGCCAAAAACAAAUGUGUUGAGAGGCUGAGAAAAGGUGUCGCCGGCGUUAACUGAGGAGAAACUUUGGUUCGCAGUGGCUCUUAAUGCAACAUUUACUGGUAAUAACCUGUGAAAUGUUCAGACAUCUCCCCACCUGUUGCCACCUCUGCUAGCUGCUGAAAGCUGUCUAGAGAUGUCCAUGUUAUGUCAUGGGCAUCGGCCUCUUCAGACUGCCAGACAUCUCCGAACAUUCCUCUCAGAUCAACACAGGGUCAAUGUAAAGAAUAAAAAGAACAUAAAAAAAAAAAAAAAACUCACCCGCUGCUGAACAACACCUUCAAAGACAGCUGGGAUGUCUCUGCUGAACACCAUACUUGUAGAUACAGCGCUAUGGUGUGUUUGAGUCAGCACAUCCUCUGUCUUCACAUUUGACAUUACAGCUUGUGCACAUUUAUAGAUUGAGAGUAGAUCAGCCCCCAACGUGUUGACACGCUGAGAAGAGUUCAUAGUUCUCGAAGUGUACGGCAGUUGUUGCAUGAUAUAUUGCUUAUGCAUGCACCCAACUAUGCAAGCAGAUUCACUGAGUAUGUAGAAGUGCUACUCUUGGAUGUGAGUUUUCUUUGUUACUGUAGAGUUCUUUAAAUGCCUGCAUCAGAGAGCAUGGGAAGGCAUCCUCUAUUAAAGCUUUGUUUGCACAUUCCUCCGAAGUAAUACACGUUUUGUAUGAAUGAUAAGUAUUGCUCAUUCGCCCUCUCAAAGUAAAUCGGCUCACUUGCAAAUGAA